UUAUUUUUCACUGUAAUUCCUCUCUGAUCUUUUGCGCCAUGGUAUCAUCAAAACUCUAAAACCCCAAUCCACCAUGGUUGUACUGUUAUCAGUACCUUCAAACUUCUUAUCUUCUUCAUCGAACACUUACCCAUCACAAUCUUUCUUCUUCCUUAAAUUCAAUCCGCGAACCCGUUCCUUAAAUUCUCGAAAAAUCAUCAACUGCUGUCAGCAAACCGUUCAGCUCGACAAUGAAACCCUACACACGAUUACUCUGGUGAAGAAGAAGAGAAAACCCAGACCAAGUUUCGUCGAACAAAUUCAGAACAAAUGGUCCCUCAAAACCCCUUCUCUCAGGGAAAAUUUCCCUUGGCAAGAAGAACAAGAAGAAUUUCGAGCUCAAACGACGCCGUUUUCGCAGAAUGUUUCUUCUGCAAAGGAAAUUGAAGUAAGUGUUUCUGUUAGCGAGCGGGUUGUUGUUACUCAUGUGAAAAAACCCAAGUCAAUUUUAGCUCCAUGGGUUCACGGAAAUGAAUCGAGACGAGAAUUGCCUGUUUCCGAGGGUUCGACGAAGAAUCAAGAAAAUGUUCGUACAGAAAAGGAAUUUUUAGUCAGUCCUGUUCGUGUAUUGGCAGAAUAUGGCAAAAGUGAUGAAAAAUUCAUCGAAUUUGAUGAAACCCCAAUUCGGUUGACGGAGAAAAAUGCUGUAGUGGAGAAUUCGGCAACUACUGAUCGAACCGCCACCCGUAUAAAGCCUUCUGUUAAUGGAGAUGGUUUAAACAGAUUGCCAUGGGAGAGAAAAAACGAUGAGGAGUUUGUGAAGAAGGAUAAAUUAAGGAAGACGAGUACAUCGUUAGCGGAGGGAUUAGUACCCGAGCAUGAGCUAAAGAGGCUGAGGAACGUAUCUUUAAGAAUGGUGGAAAGAAUAAAAGUCGGGGCAGCUGGUGUAACACAGGCAUUGGUUGAUUCUAUCCAUGACAAGUGGAAAAACGAAGAGGUCGUGAAAUUGAAAUUCUUGGGCCCCCCUUCCAAGAACAUGAAGAGAACACACGAAAUUCUUGAGCGUAGAACUGGUGGUUUGGUUAUAUGGAGAUCGGGAAGUUCGUUAGUGCUGUACAGAGGAAUGACAUACAAUCUCGAUUGUGUAAAAUCAUAUACCAAGCAUGUUGAAGAUGAUGCUGAAGAAUUAGAAUCUUCGAAAGAAGAUUCUCCUCAAAGAAUCAAAGUUAAAAAACGGCCCGGAGAAUCAUCCGGAACAUUCGAUUCGGAUUAUUUCAACAACCUGUCUGAAGAAGAACAAAUGGAUUUGAGCGAGAUGAACCUUCUGUUGGACGAGCUUGGUCCGAGGUUCAUUGACUGGUCAGGGCGGGACCCGCUUCCCGUUGAUGCCGAUUUGCUUCCGCCUGUUGUACCUGGUUACAAGACUCCGUAUAGGCUUCUGCCACACGGUAUUAGACAACCUUUGAGAGACAAACAAAUGACUUAUAUACGUAGGACUGCAAGAACCAUGCCUCCCCAUUUCGUCCUUGGAAGAAACAGAGAGCUGCAAGGUCUUGCUUUGGCUAUGGUGAAAUUAUGGGAGAAGAGUUCGCUUGCGAAAAUAGCUAUCAAGCGUGGUGUUUUGAAUACUUCCAACGAAAGAAUGGCCGAAGAACUCAAGAGAUUAACCGGAGGAACGCUAGUUUCGAGGAACAAGGAGUUCAUAGUCUUCUACAGGGGAAAUGACUUUUUACCCCCCGGUAUUUCGAGCGCACUAACAGAAAAAGAAAACUCCAUAACCCUCCAACAAGAUCACGAAGAGAAAGCUCGUCAAAGAGCUGCAUCACUAAUCGAACCAAAAUUGAAAGCAUUAUCGAAGAAGCAUAAGCCGUUAUUAGUUGCAGGUACCCUUGCUGAAACUAUUGCAGCAACCACACGAUGGGGAAACCAAUCCAACGGUGCAGAUAUGGAGAAGAUGAUGAGAGAGAAUGCCGUUGACCGACACGCGUUUUUGGUCAACUCUCUGCAGAAGAAGCUUGCUCUUGCAAAGGAGAAGAUGAGAAAGGCUGAGAAGUCCUUGCAGAAAGUUCUGGAAAAUCAAGAACCGGGAGAUCUACCUACCGAUCUCGAAACAUUAACCGAUGAGGAGAGAUUUUUGUUUCGUCGGAUUGGUUUGAGCAUGAAACCUUAUCUUCUUCUAGGGAGACGAGAGAUUUUCGACGGCACUAUCGAAAAUAUGCACUUGCACUGGAAGUACAGAGAGCUGGUGAAAAUUAUGGUACAAAGAAAAACAUUUCCACAAGUGAAGCAUAUUGCGGUUUCUCUCGAGGCAGAAAGUGGUGGUGUAUUGGUCUCGGUCGAUAAAACUUUUAAAGGAUAUGUUAUAAUAGUUUAUCGUGGAAAGAAUUACCAAAGCCCUCUUGCAUUUAGACCGAGAAAUCUUUUAACUAAAAGACAGGCUUUAGCUCGUUCGAUUGAACUUCAGCGACGUGAGGCGCUGAAGCACCAUGUUUGGGAACUAGAGGAAAAAUUCGAGAAGCUGAAGCAAGAGCUGGAAGAUAUGAUGGCUGCAAAUAAAAACGGGGCGGAAAGUUCGGGUUCGCGGAUUAAUUCUGCAUCAUAGUUACUAACAGAUAUGAAAUUCUCUGUUCCUGUUAUUAUUGAAAUUUCUGAAGUCGUCAUGUGAACAGUUCUCAUCGUGUUAUUUUUUUUGUGAUUUCUAAUUUUAGAAUAAUUUAUCGAAAAGAUAUAUAUUGUAUUUACCUUUAUCGAAGGUGAAAACCUACCAUAUCCUAACGAAAAAAGAAAAAGAAAAAGAAAAUCUUCUUGA